AUGGAUGGUGACAAGAAGGAACGCUGGGUUGACAUUAUCGGCAAUGUUCGACAGCGACGAGCAGCACUUGAACGGAUUCUGGAUGUUGCCAAUUAUGUCCGAGAUGAAGAUGGGAAGGUUCUCAAGGACGGGGCAGCCGUCCCAGCUCCAGGAGCCGGAGAUGCGCUGGUCCUGCAGAUCAGUUGCAACGAGGUUGGAAGGGUUCUUGGGCGCGGUGGCGAGACUAUCCGAAGACUUGAGGAUGAGUCUCGUGCCAGACUCGAAAUCGACAAGGCGGAGGGUCGCCUCACGAUUUCUGGACGGCCAGAAUCCAUCGAGCGGGCCAAGGAGCUUGUGCUGCUAGAGGUCAGCCAUUGCAAGCUUCUCGAUGGCACCGUUCUGAAGGACGACGGCAAGCCUACGGGUCAUGGUGGUGGACCUCCGGCAUCAGGAAAAGAAGGCUUCAAGCUGUGGGUGCUUGGAAAGGAGGCCGGGAAGGUCAUCGGAAGAGGAGGAGAAACUGUCCGGGAGAUAAUGCAGCGCACUGGUGCUGAGAUCCAG